ACAGACUCAGCUGCCAUCAACAUCCAGUCCCUGUCCAAGGAUGCCCAGAACCACCUGCUUCGCUCCUAUUUCUCCGAGGAAGGCAUCGAGUACAACCUCGUGCGUGUCCCCAUGGCCAGCACCGACUUCUCCGUCCGCCUGUACACCUACGCUGACGUGGAGGGCGACUUUGAGCUGAAGCACUUCAACCUGACGGAGGAGGACACGCGGAUGAAGGUGAGUCCCGUGGGGUUCCUGGACGAAUACGCCAAGCACAACCUGACCUUCUGGGCAGUGACGGCGGGGAACGAGCCCACGGCCGGCGAGAUCGUCUUCUACCCCUUCCAGUGCCUGGGCUUCUCCCCCGAGCACCAGCGGGACUUCAUCGCCCGGGACCUGGGCCCCGCGCUGGCCAACAGCUCCCACCGCGAUGUCCGGCUCAUCAUCCUGGAUGACCAGAGGGUGAUGCUGCCUUACUGGGCCCAGGUG